ACAGCCACCAGCUCUGAGUCCAGCACAACCUCCAGUGGGACCAGCACAAACUCCAGUGGGGCCAGCACAGCCACCAGCUCUGGGUCCAGUGUGACCUCCGCAGGCUCUGGAACACCCACUCUGACUGGGACGCACACAACUUCCCACAGAGUUAACACAAGUGCCUCUACUGCAGUGAGUGGGGCGAAGCCUGGGGGGUCCCUGCUGCCAUGGGAAAUCUUCCUCAUCACGCUGGUCUCAGUUGUGGCGGCCGUGGGGCUGUUUGCUGGGCUCUUCUUCUGUGUGAGAAACAGCCUGUCCCUGAGAAACAUCUUUAACACAGCUGUCUACCGCCCCCAUGGCCUUGGCCCAGGCCCUGGAGGGAAUCGUGGAGCCCCCCACAGGCCCAGGUGGAGCCCUAACUGGUUCUGGAGGAGACCAGUAUCCUCGAUAGCCAUGGAGAUGAGCGGGAGGAACAACGGACCCUGAGCGACUCCCGAAGCGAGUGCCGCAUUCUUCAGGAAGGAAGAGACCUGGGGACCCAAGACCUGGUUUCCUUUCAUUUAUCCCAGGAGACCCCUCCCAGCUUUGUCUGAGAUCCUGAA